AUGGCUGAUACACAAACUAGUACUGCAGUAAUACAGUUGCCAACAUCAUUCGAGUGGUACCAGGAACAAAUUGCUGGUCAUCAUUCUUCGGUGGUUAGGAAUGGCGAGCAUGAAAUUGGACUUAUAAAAGAGGUUGGUAGUGAGACAUUGUUAAAACCCGUACAGGAAGGUGUACGAGGAGUAUGUGAGGUAACAUUCUAUAACAAUUUGAAGUACCGAAACGAUGAAAAUGAUGUUUUAACGAAAUUCGCUGUGUUCGUUCCGAAAUUCUACGGAUUAAAAACUUUACGAGUUGGAGGAAAAGAGUUGGAAUUUAUCGUUAUGGAGGAUUUAGCGUGUCGUUAUAAGUGUCCGUGCAUCAUGGAUAUCAAAAUGGGAAGAGUAACCUAUGAUCCGAAUGCAACAAAAGCGAAAAGAUUAUCUGAAGCGGUGAAGUAUCCUGAACAAGAAACACUUGGCUUCCGUUUAACCGGUUAUCGGAUGCAUUUUGGUUGCGACAAAAAUGACUUACGAGUUCGUGAUAAACAGUGGGGGAAGUCCAGGAAUUUGGAAAAUAUUGUUGACGCCUUUCGUGAAUUCUUCUCUGGAAGGACCAUGGAAAAAAGUUAUGUGGCAGUACAGACAUUGGAGCAAUUAUAUAAGCUUCGAAAAUGGUUCAAUUCACAGCGGGUUUAUCAUUUCUAUGCUUCAUCCAUUUUGCUUGCUUAUGAAGCAAGUAUGGAACGGCCACCAAACGUUCUUGUUAAACUGAUCGAUUUCUCUCAUGUGUUUCCCGCCAACGGUGCUAUAGAUGACAAUUAUUUGUUUGGCUUAAACAGUGUGAUUAAUGUAAUUGAGAAAUAUCGAAAUUCAUUUGAUUCUGGACCACACAAAAUAGUCUCGAAUCCCGGAAUUAAUUAA